UGUGGGGCAGUUGGCAGCGAGACAAAUCACUUGCAUCACAGUUCCAACCUUUUACGAACUUCCUUCCUUGAGGAGUUGAGUCCAGCGUAUUUAAAUCUGAGCUUCGGAGCCAUCUGAACAGCAUAGCACGGGGCAGUGCAAAGGGGAAAAAAACUAUUCAGACAGGACGGAGCUUGUUGCUCAGAUUCAACCGAGGGAGACAAAUGCUCUUCGCGUGGGUCAGCCUGUGCGCCUUGGCGUCCCUGGUGCACUCGGAUCCGCAGGAGGCGAAGGAAUCGGCGCCUGCCAUCUGCGUGGCCGACUUCUGCUACAGUCUGCGCAAGGAGGCCAGGAAGUUUAACAUGGCCAGAAGCAUCUGCAGAAACGACGGGGGAGACGCGAUGACCGUGCGCUCCACGGUGGCGGCCGAAGCCAUCGCGGUGUUGCUGCAGAGUGCGGGCGCCGAUUCCGACUCCCACUACUGGCUGGGGCUGCAGCUUCACCAGAAGGCGUGCCCCAACAACAGCAGCCGCCUGAGGGGUUACCGCUGGGUGGACGGAGACAACGACACCGACUACACCGACUGGGGCUUGGUGUCUGAAACCUGCGGAUCACGAUGCGUGGCCGUGUCGGCGGCGGACCGCUGGGUCGACCGACAGUGUAACAAGAAAGCGGCCGGCGUUCUGUGCGAGUACCGUUACGACGGCAGCUGCCGCCCACUGGUACCGGGCAACGGUUCGGUCACCUACCUCACCCCUUUCGGUGCCCGGAGCUCCGAGCUGACCGAACUGCCUCCAGGUACCACAGCCCUGAUCUCCCCGUGGGAUAUCAGCUUCCGAUGCAACGGCAGCCAAGGCUGGGUGGCCCUCAGCCCGGUUCCUUGGGUCUGUCAAGUGGAGAACGGGGGCUGCGAGCAAGUCUGCCAGGCGGGACCUCCGCCCAGUUGCAGCUGCAAUCCGGGUUACCGGCUCAACGAGGACAAGCGAAGCUGCAGAGCGGUCGACCCGUGCGAGGAGGAGAGGUGCGCCCACAGCUGUGUGCUGCGGGGCGGAAAGCCCUUGUGUAUCUGCAACAGCGGAUACCAGCUGGAAGCCGACGGCAAGGGCUGCACCGACAUCGACGAGUGCCAGUCCUCGCCCUGCGAGCACGACUGCAUCAACAGCCCGGGCGGCUUCAGAUGCAGCUGCAGGAAAGGUUACCUGAUGUCCAAGGAUGGCAAGUGCGAGGACAUCAACGAGUGCGGGCAAUCGGUCACGGUGUGCGAUCACAAAUGCGGGAACUCUCCGGGGAGCUACGAGUGCAGCUGCUUCUCCGGCUACGAGCCCGAUCCCGACGAUCCGAGAAAAUGCGUCUUCUACUGCGAUUCCGAAACCUGUCCGGCCCGCUGCUACGGCAACGACUGCAAAUGCCCACCUAAUUACAUCUUCGACGAUUCCAAUAGAAUGUGCUACGAUAUCAACGAGUGCAACACGUAUUGCCAGGGCCACGAGUGCAUCAAUACCCCCGGUAGCUUCAAAUGCGAAUGCAGCGAGGGUUAUAUGUUAGACGAGGACGGGUUGUCCUGCGAACCCGAAGGCUCUGGCAUUACCCCGGACGUAAUCAACCCGAUCACCAAGCGCCCGACGUCUGACACCCCCGCCAAAGCCAGCUUGUCGCUCGGGGUUGUCCUCGGGAUCAUCUUUGCCAUCGCCCUGCUCACUUUGAUCUUUGCUGGGGUGGGACACCACCUGUUUAAAAAGAGAGGGAAGUGGCAGACCUCCACCAAGUACAAAUCGGCCAGCGUGGAGGAGGACGUCAAUCUCAGCCAGGUCACUAGUGGCGAGGAUCACAAGCACCAGUACUCCAAUGACAAAUGUAAUGUGGGGACCUGAAGCUUACUGGGCGCAAUGCCCUACGAGACUGUUACAGAGGGAGAUGUAGAACCUUUGACAUGAAGACACUUGGGGUGAGGGUGGGCGAGUCUAUAAUUUGAAAUUGCAACUGAUGACUCGAAGCGUGUGAGCCGUUGGACAAAUCCCAUCUCUGAAUUUAGCCGGGUUCCCAUUGCAUUCCGCUGGGCGCUAUUUUUAGGCUGAUGUCAAACUAAAGGUUGUACUCGAGCCUUGGAGAUGGCCCAAUGGCGCAUGCGGUUCAAUUGCAUUUAGGCACAGUUUUUUUUUUACCCCCGCAGCUAUCUUUGUUUAUGGACGUCACUCUUAUUGCAGGAGGGGUGGGGGCCACCUGCGAGAAUUGAAGGCGCCCAUGCACACUAUCCAUUUGUCCAGGCGAUCCCUUAGCUUGGGAGCAGGUAACCCAGGGGGUCAUGCCAUCUUAGAACGAAAUGUUGCUGAGUGCCUAAUAUUUUUGUCAGCAUCGUUCACAUGCAAGGUGUGACAGAAAGCAUGUCGUGCAAAUUCCAAAGUUCAAGAUGUCUAAAUGAGGUAACGGUUGGGUAAUGUUUACCUGAGCAAUUGUGAAGGGCAAAUAGUUUUUUUUAAUAAAUGUAUGUAGAUUGUAGUCGACGGACGGCGGACGGCUGGAUCCGGUACCCCCUUUUUGAUCGGUGUACUGUUAGUAUUUGUCCCAUUAUCUGUCGCUCUGACACCCACACGGUGAAACAUAUUCUUGUCCGUUGGAAAUCGUUGCAUUUCAAUUAGCAUUACGUCAAUAACUUGUACUGCCGGAUUGGCCCAUAGGAUAUCCCCGAAUUUGGGACAUGGGCAAUCAAGACGAGGAACAUGUGCAUUUGUAUUUAUUAUAUUUUUAUAAUAUCUGUAUAAUCACUUUUUAAACUAGUUUUCUAUAUCUACCUGAACUGUAAAAAACACGACGAUGACUCUGCGUUCAUUAAUGCAUAUAUCUUAAAUAAAAUUUUGGAACUAUUUCUUAAAAAAA